UUAUCCUCCCACUCCCUUUUUUUCCUUUUCUUUUUUAAUCCAUAGAAACACACAGAGAUUAAUAUAUUCCUUCCUCCAUUAGCCCAUCGAUUCUCUCUCUAUAUAUAUAUAUAUAUACUCAAGAAACUUCGAAGAAGCUCUGCAAUUUCUUGAUUUCUUUUUCUCAGUCUAACCCUCUUCUUCUUUGAAGCAUUGAAUCAUGGCUGAAAACUUAAGAAUCAUAAUUGAAAAGAACCCAUCAGAGUCCAAACUCAAUGAAUUAAACAUCAAGUACUGGCCCAAAUGGGGUUGCUCUCCAGGAAGAUAUCAGCUAAAGUUUGAUGCAGAAGAGACAUGCUAUUUGUUGAAAGGGAAAGUGAAGGUAUACCCAAAAGGUUCAUCAGAAAUUGUGGAGUUUGGUGCAGGAGAUCUUGUCACCAUACCUAAAGGACUCAGUUGCACUUGGGAUGUUUCCGUUGCUGUUGAUAAAUAUUACAAAUUCGAGUCGUCUUCUUCACCAUCACCACCACCACCACCACCACCUUCUUCUUCCUCCUCUUCAUAGCUAGGAGUAGACUGGCUAGCUAGUAGCAGUAGCUCGUGUUGUUAUCAAUCUUGAUUUAAUUUCUAUUGAUCAAUCUAUUCUUUGGAAUUUGAUUAUAGAAAGAAAGAAAGCUCUAGUUUUUUUUUUUUAUUAUUAUUAUUGAGAUGUUUAUCUUUGUUUCUUCUUCUAUUUUAGAAGGAAGUGAUCUCUCUCUAUCUCU